AUGAAGCGGUCGAAGGCGGGGAACAGGCACGGGCUGCUGGUGCCCAGCAGCACCACGGACCAGGAGCUGCAGCACAUCAGGAACAGCCUCCCCGACUCCGUGCGCAUCCAGCGGGUGGAGGAGCGGCUCUCGGCCCUGGGCAACGUCACCACCUGCAACGACUACGUGGCCCUGGUCCAUCCAGACCUCGACAGGGAGACAGAAGAGAUCUUGGCAGAUGUCCUGAAGGUUGAGGUUUUCAGACAAACGGUAGCAGAUCAGGUGCUGGUAGGAAGUUACUGUGUUUUUAGUAACCAAGGAGGAAUUGUGCAUCCCAAGACAUCAAUUGAUGACCAGGAUGAGCUGUCUUCUCUGCUCCAGGUCCCACUCGUGGCGGGGACGGUGAACCGCGGCAGCGAGGUGAUCGCGGCGGGGAUGGUGGUGAACGACUGGUGCGCCUUCUGCGGGCUGGACACCACCAGCACUGAGCUCUCUGUCAUCGAGAGCAUCUUCAAGCUGAACGAGGCUCAGCCGAGCACCAUUGCCACCAACAUGAGAGACUCCUUGAUUGACAGGUGA